AUGAUGCCUUUAAAGUUUGCAUUUAUUACGAUUAAAAAAAGAAGCUUUAGUAUAUUUAAUUUUUUUAUAUCAAUACGAAAAGGAGGAGAAACUGUUUUAAAAAAUGACAUAAAAUAUGUGUAUAUUCGUGAUUUAAUAAAUUAUGAAAAAGAAAGAAAAGAAAAAUAUCCAAAUGAGAAAAAGGUAAAACAUUUAAUAAAAAUAACAAAAGUUAAUGGUGGGACCCAAUUAAAAUGCUCAAUGUCUUUCAUUUAUUUAUUAACUUUAAAAUGUAAAUAUAUUGAAAGUAUAUGGCUUAACAUAGCUAAGAAUACACCAUGCGCAUCCUUAACAUGCUUAGAAACUACUCUUAAAAAUAUAGAAUGGUAUAAGUUUAUAAAACCGAACUAUUUAAAAAAUGUACCAUUAAAAAUAACAUCUAUCAAAUCGAAACUAUUCGAUAUUUCUUCCAUUCGAGAUGUUAUAUAUAAAUAUAUAAACAGUCUAGAUAAUAGCCAUGAAAAUAACAGUGAAAGUAACUCAAUUGGGGAAAACAAAAGCAAAUUAGAGAAUGUGUGGAAUUUAUUAGCUAUUCACAUUGAAAAUAAUAUAUGCAAUGUUGAUUUAAAAUUUUCUGGUAAAUUGUCCCCUCGAUUUUAUGAGUAUGGAUAUAUAAAGGAAUUAGAUCAUGUCCAAAAUUUUGAAAAAUAUCAAAAUUUUAAUUUCUUUUCACUUUUUAACAAUAAUUAUAAAAUAAAAGAUGAAAAAAUGAAAAAUAUUGUAAAUGAUAAUGUUCCUUUUUGGUCUAUAUCAGAAGAAAAAAAAAAAAUAAUAAUUGAUCAUGAGAAUAUUGAAAAAGGAGAACAAUUAAACUUUUAUAAAUAUUCUUUUUUUAGUGACCAAUUUAAUUCACAAUAUUUUCAAAAUAAAUCCAUUGAGGCUAAUCAUAACGUAACCUCAUUUUCAGUAUCAAAGGAAAAGGAAUACAUCACAAAUGACCAACCUAAAAAAUCAAUUUUUAACUAUAAUAAUACAAGUACAGAAAAUGUAAAUUAUAUGAGAAAAAACCAAAAUAGUAUAGAGAAAUUAUCAUGUAAUAGUGUAAUAAACAAUAUUGAAAAUAAAAUUGAGAAAUGUGAAAAUAUAAAAGGUAAUGCAAAUAAUAAUCAUAUCAUUAGCUAUUUAAAUGAUAUGGAGAUAAAACGAAUGAAUUACUACAAUAAUAAUUUUUUUUUAAGUGAUGAUUGUUAUGAUACUGCUAGUUGUAUAUACUCGUUAAUUAUUCAUAAAUGUUUAAAAAAUAUAAAAAAUGUUAAUAUAAUAUGGGACCCAUUUUGUUCAAAUGGAAAUAUAAUAUUUGAAUUGGUAUAUUAUUUGUUAAAUAUUCCUUUGUAUAACGAAAAUGAGAUUCUACCAUUUAUGAAUUUAAAAAUAUUUAAUCAUAAUGAGUUUUCAAACAUAUACAAUUUUGUUAUGAAUAAUUUGAAUAGUAAAUUUAACAAUAAUGUGCAAUUGAUAGGCACUGAUAGUAGAAGUAUUAUGAUUUCGCAAUGCAAAAAAAACUUGGUUAGAUAUAAAUUAUAUUAUAAAGACAUACUUAAUAAGGUAAAAAAUAAAAAGGAUAGUCCUGACAUAAAAGGGGAAAACAAUGCAGUCCAUUCAAGUAAUAUAAAAAGAAAUUCUUUUCUAAAAAAUGUUUUAAAAGAUGAUUUGGGAGAAGAAUGCGAAGAAUCAGAAUAUCUAGAUGAAAAAUUUUUUGAAGAAGAUUUCGAUGUUAACAUAGGAAAGGACAUGGAUAAGAUGUUGCUAAGAAUGGAUAAUAUCAAGGAACAAAUAUAUUGUAAAAAAAAUGAGAAGGAACAAAAAAAUAUAGAACUAUUCCACAAUAGAAAAGCGCAAACAGAUGAUUUAAAAAUAUCAGCACCUGGUGUAGACACUAUAUCUUUAUCAACCGAAGAAGAUAAAGAAUAUAAUUUGGAGUUCCCUUUCGACAUUUCUUUUCAUAAGGCACAUUUUUUCAAUGUAGCUCCUUUUAUAAAAAACGCCAUAAUUAUAACGAAAAUUCCUCAUUUUAGCUUUUCCAAGGAAUUAGGAAUUAACAAAAAAACAUUUACAUUGUUUGAGCAAUUUGAUCACAUGUUAAGUUCUAAAAACGAUUGGAAAGGUGUGUAUGUUUUAGUGAGAAAUAAAGCUUUCUUAAAUAAAUCAAAAUUAGAAUGGAACAAAAUAUUAUUAAUCAAUGAUUCAAAAGGCCGAGAUUUAACUUUAUUAAGUUGGACUGGGCGAAGAAAAACGUUAUAUUCCAUGUCAGCUGAAGAUGAUAAAUUGAAAGAGUUGGAAAAAUUUAGCAAUCAACUAAAAUUUGAUUUUUAA